UAGGAGAUCCUCCCUCAGCCUUCUCCUCCGUCUAUACAUCUUCCGCCGCCGCCUACACUUUAACUUCUGCCGACCGCCGCUUCUGCCGACCGCCUGUUUACCUUUCUUCCGCCGCCCACCUUACCGCCGCGACUUCCCCACCUGCGACGUUUCCUGGUGAUCGCCUCGCCCAAGCUUUCUUCACGAUGACCGACGCUCGAAACGAAGAGGCAGCUUCAGCAGUUAUUGAUUCUGUUCAUUUUAGUUUUUACACCCCAGAAGAGGUACGUAGGUUAAGUGUCAAAAAGAUCACCAAUGAAUAUCUCCUUGAUGCGAAGAAUAGUCCUAUUCCAGAUGGAUUAUAUGAUCCUGCAAUGGGUCCACUUAAUGAUACUGACCCUUGCAAGUCCUGUGGGCAGCUUUCUGUUCGUUGCCCAGGUCACUGUGGUCAUAUUGACCUUGCAAAACCAAUUUAUAACCCAUUACUAUUCAAGAUCCUCCAGAACCUACUUCAAGUCACCUGCUUCUUUUGUCAUAAGUUCAGAAAAAAUGAAGACAAGGUAAAGCACUGCGUUGAACAAUUGCGUCUUAUUGUGAAAGGUGACAUUGCUGGGGCUAGAAAUUUGGAAGCCCACUCAUCAAGUGAGGCAUUUUUUUCCCAAGAAGAAAGUGCAGAAUCUGUAACAUCAGUUGCAUCAGAUAUUGAAGUAGCAAGUUCAGAGCAUAAAACCUGGACAUCACUUCAACAUUCCGAGUCUCGUGCUGUUUUAUAUAACUUUAUGAGUGAUAAGCGAAAAAAUUGUGAUAAUUGUGGUAGAAAGAAUCCAUCCAUCACCAGUCCUGUUUUUGGUUGGUUCAACAAGGGACUACGAGCUUCUGAUAUAAAAGCCAAUAUUCUAUUGGGGUACAAUGUGGGUCCAACAUCCAGUGAGUCAAAAAAUUCAACUGUUACUCAUUCAAGGGGAGAGAGUGGCUCUGAAAUGGCUGAUGAACUUUCUUCACUGGAACAAAAAACAAAAGAAAAAAUCAAAUUAGAUGAUUUGCCUCCUGAAGUCAUCAAGCUGAUGCAAUCUUCUGGACCAAAGCAUUUGCUGCCUUCUGAGGUAGAACUUAUUUUAAAAGAUCUGUGGAAAAAUGAGGCUGAUCUCUGCCUACUAAUGUUAGACCUUCAAUGUCGAAGCCAGAGUCCCAUGGAGAGGGGCUAUGAGAUUUUUUUCCUGAAGGCUAUUCUUGUACCACCAAACAAGUUCCGUCCUGCUGCCGCCAGUACUGCUCGUGGGGUAAUGGAACAUCCUCAAAAUACUUUGCUGAACAAAGUCCAACAAGCUAACAUUGCUUUAAAGAGUUGCACUGGUGAUUCUAAUAAUACUGAUAUUUUGCGGAGGUGGAUGGAUCUUCAAAGAAGUGUGAACGUGUUGUAUGAUAGUACCAAGGGUUUAGGGAAAAGCGAAAAAGAAUCUAAUGGUAUACGCCAAUUGUUGGAAAAAAAGUCAGGUAUCCUACGACAGAAAAUGAUGGGGAAGAGAGUGAAUUUUGCAUGUCGUUCUGUCAUAUCUCCUGAUCCAUACUUAGCUGUCAAUGAAAUUGGCAUUCCUCCUUACUUCGCAUUGAGAUUGACAUAUCCCGAGCGAGUGACACCUUGGAAUGUUAAAAAGCUGCGGCUUGCUGUAAUGAAUGGUGCCGAUAUUCAUCCUGGAGCUACACACUACAAGGACAGGGAUAGAAUGUACAAGCUGCAAGCAAGCAAAGAUAUGCGCAAUGUGAUCUCAAGGAAAUUGCCAACAUCAAGAGCUGUCACUGCCCAACAUGGAAUGGGUCCAGAAUCAGAUUUUGAAGGCAAGGUUGUCUAUCGCCAUUUACAAGAUGGAGACAUUGUGCUUGUUAACCGACAGCCUACCCUUCAUAAACCGAGUAUGAUGGCUCAUGUCGUUCGUGUGUUGAAAGGGGAGAAGACAAUUCGUAUGCACUAUGCAAAUUGCAGCACCUACAAUGCGGAUUUUGAUGGUGAUGAAAUGAAUGUACACCUCCCACAAGAUGAAAUUUCACGUUCUGAAGCUCUUAACAUUGCUAAUGCAAACAAACAAUAUAUUGUUCCCACAAGUGGAUCCCCUAUUAGAGGACUUAUUCAGGAUCAUAUUGUGAGUGCUGUCCUGUUGACAAAGUUAGACACUUUUUUAACCCGCGAAGAGUAUCAUCAACUUAUAUAUGUUUCUUGUAUGCCUCCUACAUCAUAUGCUCAAAAUAGAUAUGGUGAAAAGGCUUCUCUCUCAUGGUCUGAGAAUGAGAUUCAGCCUCUUCCUCCUGCUAUAUGGAAACCAAUACCAUUGUGGACAGGAAAACAGGUUAUUACUGCAAUCCUUAACUAUGUCACACGAGGUUGCCUUCCUUUUACUAUUGAAAAGAAAGGAAGAAUACAAAAAGAGUAUAUUGGGAAUGAUAGUGCUCAACUUGUUUUGCAUAUUUACAAUAAUGAGCUAAUACACGGAAUGAUCGAUAAGGCUCAAUUUGGAACAUAUGGUUUAGUUCAUGCAGUCCAUGAACUUUAUGGUCCAGAUGUUGCAGGAACUCUGCUUUCUGUAUUUAGCCGAUUAUUUACUUCCUUUCUUCAGAUGCAUGGGUUCACUUGUGGAGUAGACGACCUUUUACUUAAAAGGAGUUCAGACAUGGAAAGGGAUAGGAUAUUAGAAAAAAGCGAAAUGUUAAGUGAAGAAGUCCAUAGGCGCUUUACGAGAAUGAAAGAUGAUGAUAAAGAUCCUAUGAAGUUGCAAGGUGAGAUUGAAAAAGUUCUACGUGGUCAUGGAGAAUCAGCAACUGCUCUUUUGGAUAGGAUGAUGUCAAAUGCCAUGAAUAGUCUGACUUCCGAGAUAAAUCAGACCCUCUUUCCUAGUGGACUGUCAAAGUCAUUUUUAACGAACUGUCUCUCUCUUAUGACAGCCACUGGAGCAAAAGGUGGUCUGGUCAAUAUGACACAAAUAUCUUCUUUGUUGGGCCAACAAGAAUUGGAAGGGAAACGGGUGCCACGUAUGGUAUCUGGUAAAACUUUACCUUGCUUUCCUCCUUGGGAUGUUUCAAGCCGAUCUGGAGGCUUCAUUAGCGAUCGUUUUUUGACUGGUCUACGACCCCAAGAAUACUAUUUCCACUGCAUGGCUGGGCGUGACGGCUUGGUGGAUACAGCCAUCAAAACAUCGCGUAGUGGGUACUUGCAGCGGUGCCUUGUCAAGAAUCUUGAGUGUCUGAAAGUCUCAUAUGAUUAUACAGUACGAGAUGCUGAUGGAUCUGUUGUCCAAUUCAUUUACGGGGAAGAUGGGGUUGAUGUUCUUAAGUCAAGUUAUAUUUCUGAGUUUAAAAUGCUUUCUGACAAUCAAAAAGUCGUUUUGCAAAAGUUUAAUGACCAAAUGGUGGAUGCCACUUUAGAAAAAUCAAAUAUUUUUAUAAACAAAUUGCCAAGUUCUCUGAAAGAGGGUGCAAUUGAUUUUAUUUCUAAGAAUCAAAAGAGGUCUCCUCAUCAAAUUAAGAAAAAGACCUUUAUGAAGUUAAUGAAGCAAAAGUACCUCACAAGUCUUGCCGAUCCGGGUGAGUCUGUUGGUGUCAUUGCCGCACAGUCUGUUGGAGAACCAUCAACACAAAUGACGCUCAAUACAUUUCAUUUGGCUGGCAAGGGAGACAUGAAUGUUACACUUGGAAUACCCCGUUUACAAGAAAUCUUGAUGACUGCUUCAAAGGAUAUCCGAACUCCUCUCAUGAACUGUCCCCUACAUGCUUGGAAGACGAAAGAUGACGCUGAACGUCUUUCUGCCAAGUUAAGGAGAGUCUAUGUGGCUGAUGUUGUGGAGAAGAUGGAAGUCUGCACUGUUCCAUUUUCCAUUUAUGGGAAUGAGAUCGCAACUAUUUAUAAGCUGAAAAUGACUCUUUAUCCAAGCAAACUCUAUCCGGCCUUUUAUGAGCUAACAUUAGAAGAUUGCAUGGAGGUUAUUAGGACAACAUUUGUUGAUGCCAUGGAAGAAGCCAUUACAAAACACUUGGAUAUGAUACACAGGAUCAGCGACAUCAAUGUUGCUUCCGGCAAGGAAGAAAAUGAUUUCGAGGAAGGGUUUGAGGAGGAUGAAUCUAGAAACGUAGCAACGACCGCAGAGGCAAACAAUGAUGGUGGCAAUGGCCGUGAUGACGAUGACGACGAUGAUAGUGAUGAUGAUGAUGGAACUGGUGCUAAAAAGUCAAAACAAGCACGUGAUGAAGUGGAGUAUGAGGAUGGUAUCGAGAAUGAGAAAUUUGCCACAACAACAGGUGAGCAUGAUGACGAGAUCCGAUCAGGGUUUGAGAGUGGAGUUGAUCAGAUUGAAGAAGAUGAAGAUUAUGUUAUGGGAGGUGAAAACCCUCCUGAUUCGGACACAGACACUGAAGCUCCUGAAACUCCGACUAAAGGACAUUCUACACCCAUGCCAGUUGAUAGCAAGAAAUCAAAAUUCACAAACAAAGGAGAGGAAAGCCUAUCUAAAGCCGAGUCUACUACUGUGUCAAAAGAUAAAAAAAAGAAAUCAAAAGGGAAGAGUGAAAAAUUAGAGGUGAAAAAGAAACUUAAUAAGCCCAAAAGAAGCAGCAAGAAAAUCAAAAGAGCAAUUUCUUGCAAAUUUGAGGGAUUGAACUUUGAGGUUCAGUUUGUCUUCAGAAAGGAACCCCGUAUUCUGUUGGCUGAGAUUGCGCAAAAGACAUCAAAGUGUGUGUACGUCAAGCAAUGCAAGAACAUCGACAAGUGUACAGUGAAAGAAAAUAAAAACAAUACCGAUCCAUUCACACUGCAGAUCGCGGGAGUGGACUUUGCUACACUUUGGAAUUUGUAUGAGCAUCUGGAUGUCAAUCAAAUUUAUACGAACGAUGUACAUGCAAUGCUUAACACAUAUGGUGUAGAAGCAGCCAGAGCAACCAUCAUCAAGGAGGUCACUAAUGUGUUUGGGUUAUAUGGUAUAAAUGUAAACAUCCGGCAUCUGAGCCUAAUUGCUGAUUUCAUGACCUUUCACGGUGGAUACCGACCUAUGAACAGACUUGGUAUGGGUGGGUUCAACACUUCGCCCUUUGGUAGGAUGACAUUUGAGACCGCCACCAAGUUCAUCGUCGAGUCAGCCUUGCACGGGGAAGUGGACACAUUAGAAUCUCCAUCAGCCAGUGUAUGCCUUGGCCAGCCCGUCAAAUAUGGAACUGGUUGUUUCGACUUGAUGCAGAAUUUGCCUAUGUGAGGACCUCCCCACUGCUAUUUGUCAUUGAUUGGCUGUCCUAUUGUAUGUUUAGGUCGGUCACUAUCAUAAUCAUAUCGAAAGGCACAUGCUUAAUUCUGUAUGAUUGUUCUUUUUGAUAGAAAUAUCUGAGCGUUUCUUAUUGUACUGAGGCUUGUUGUUGAUAUGGGUAUGUGAUUUCUCACAAGUUAUAAUAUUUCAAGACAGUAAUAGAGGUUCAGUAGAAA